AUGCGCCACCUCUCUGAAUGGUCUGCAGACUGCCUGCUCCUCAUCGCAGACCAGCUGCCGCAAGACCGCGACCUGAGCCGCCUCGCACGGACGAGUCGGCGGAUGUAUUCACUGUUUAACCCCUAUCUCUAUCGUCGCGCCAUCCAGUCUCGAGGCGCAACACGGGGCCUGUGGUGGGCAAUCCGAAUUGGCAGCUUGACCGCUGCGCGAUACGCGCUCGAAGCCGGGGCGGGCAUCCACGCCAAGGAAGACGACUAUUCAGCGGACUGUGUCGUUGUGAGGGCUUUGGAAGUCCGGGAUAGAGCGAGAAAUAUUUGGAACAGCCGAAUGCAUUUUGGAUGGAAGAUCAGCCCGCACGUCGUGGACGGGCUGCUCGAUCAGUAUCGGCGCAUUAUCCUCCUGCUCCUCGAUAGCGGGGCGGAUAUCCACGAACGAUCGAGACAGGGAUGGACGCCGCUGCACAAGGCUGCCUGGCUACGUGAUGUAGAGAUGGUGCGGGUCCUUGUGGAACGGGGUGCCGAUAUUACGCUGACGUCGGAUCACGGAGGUACGCCUCUUCAUCUGGGUGCUUUCAGUGGCCACGUAGGGGUGAUGAGAUAUCUCCUCGAGAAAGGGGCCGAUAUUCACGCGAGGAAAAAGUGCUCGAGUACAGCGCUUCAUGAGGCGGCCCGGCAAGGAUGCCUCAACGCGGCUGCGUUCCUUCUCGAGAAUGGAGCUGAAGUCGACGCCAGAGAUGAGAACGGGCAGACGCCUCUUCACGCUGCGGUCUGGAGUGGAAUUAUGAGACCGAUAGAAAAAGUCGUACAGCUUUUGCUUGACAACGGCGCUGAUAUCGAGGCUCUCGACGCGAAAGGGUGGACUCCUCUCCAAAGAGCUGUUGCAAGUGGAUAUUCGGACAAGGUCGUCGACUGUUUGAUUGCGAACGGCGCGAAUAUCGAGGUCCGGGAUCAGGAGGGGCGCAAUCUAUCUCAGCUGGGUCAGAAGCAUUGUCGUCCCAAAUUCGCGCGGCGUUUUGCCCGACGCUCGGAUAGGGUCAGGAAUCGUGGCUCGCGGUGA